AUGCUGUGGAUUACAGUGGAACUGAAGUUUCCAAACAAAGUCUGGGCUGAGUUUCUAAGUGAGGAACAACGCGAAGUUAGAAGAAUUGAAAAGAAAGUAAGAAAAAACAGUGUCUUGUGGUCUGUAUUCCAUCUCAUGACACUUUAAAUGAUGAAACAUUUUAGCAACAGCUUUGCAAAAAAAAUAUUGUUUAAAUCGUCAUGUAAGGGGUUAGCGAAACUUUUAAUAACAAUUAAAAUAGGCCCUGCCUUUUACAUGGGCUGCAAUCAAGGCAUCCUUGAAUAGCCGGCCUUGUAAGAUCAAGUGGUCUUCGUUUAAAACAAAACGUCUUUAUGGUACAAGAAGCAGAUGAGACACUUUGCUAAUUAACUUGAUUGCAGCAAUUUAAGAUCGUGCGUUUUCACUCCUUUUUAUUUGUGACACUGUUGGUUGGUUGUUGAUUUCUUUUUCCAUUUAUUUCAGCUGAACCAAUUUUUUGAAGACGACAGCAACUAUGCCUCUUGUUUCGUCUUUUCAUUUCGGUCAGUAUCAUCAACGUUUAACCGUACUCAUAAUCAGCAUUUUUACAAGCAUGACUGCGGAGGUGCUGAACUGGGGGCUAGUGGCCGAUCAAUUGAAGUCGAGCCCAAGUGACCGCACUGAAGAACGCAGCCGCGCUAGCACUCAACGUUUUUACGUCCAUUUAUUUGGUCCUUUCUUAACAUCAAUCGUAAAAAUCCGUAUAAUUCAUGGAUAAGCUAGUGUAGACGCGACGUAGAGUGCUAUGGCCUAGCUACCUGCCUGAAAGAAAUUUGUUGUUCAUGUACGUUAUGACUAAAUUCAGGAAAGACUUAGAACCGCCUUGUGCAGCAUAAUGAACAGUAACACAGGAAAGUACUGCUCAGCAGCUUUCAUUUGAAUGGUAACACCAAAGGAUUUUAUCCACAGACUCAAAAGUUAGAACCACCUUGUACAGCAUAAUAAACAGUACCACAGGAAAGUACUGCUCAGUAGCUUUCAUUUGAAUGGUAACACCAUAGGAAUUCAACCACAGAUUUAAAAGUUAGAAUCACAAAUAAUCUCGUCAUUUCUUGGUCUAGGAAGGAAGGGUUAAGCUACCCUUACGACCUGAAGUGAUUGUUUCUUUUCCAGUGCCGGGAGUGUUAUCACCAACGUAAAUAUGUCAUUCUAUUCCUUGGGAGUUGACCAGGCCAUCAAAAUCCAUGAAACAUUAACUGGAAAUGCGUCUGUGAUAUUUGAAGAAGAGGCCAACAUCACUUCCUAUUGGUCAUCAGAUGGUAACGGCCUUUCAUUCUUACUCAGGGGCGGAUCCAGGAUUUUUUUUAGGAGGGGGUGCACUCGUCUCUUGCUCUAGUUGAACACAAAUAAACCACAUAGUUUUUUUUUUGCAGAAUACCAGUUGUAUUAGAAUACCGCAGGUCAUCUCAGGAGGGGGCAGGGGGUGCGCACCCCCUGCACCCUCCCCCUAGAUCCGCCCCUGUUACUUCCUGCUAUUUCGCUUCACACGUGAAACCCCCGUUGAUAAUAUAUUCCCCAAUGAACAAUUCAAGGGAACGGUUUGCAAAAAAUUAAAUGGUAUCGAGUUCUCAAGAACAUAUUAGCCUGAUGGACGUCUAACGCUAUUUACGUAUGAGCUAUUGCAUCCAGGCAAGGCAUGAUCUUGUACCUGUGAAUCCGAAUUUCGAAGUGUUUGUCGAUUGGCAUGAUUCGCCUCUACGCCUUGCCACCCUGAGGUUUCCAAAAACCAUCAAAUUUGCCCCACUACGGGUUUUUCAGAAUAUUGGUAAAGCUAUUAAAUCAGUUGAUUCGUGGGUGGUAAAACGUGCACCAUCCCUGUCCAACUCGUUUUGCAGGAAUGUUGCACUUUUGUGUUGCUUGUUUCCCGUACCUUUAGAUUUUAUUGCUUUCAAUACUUAUGGACUUACAUAACAAGGGGGAGGGGAGCCAGAAGGCCUAAAGUUACGUGAAACGGUAGUUUUUUCAGAAGGCCAUAAAGAGAAAAGCGCAUAAUAAUAGCAUGGUCUCGAACAGAUUCGACACCCUCGUAUUCCGUUUGUUUUCAGUGCCACUGUACAGCCCAUCUAAUGUCACGGCGACCCCAUGUAAUUCUCUGACUCCGUGUCUCCUGGUGUCGUGGGAUAGUUUACCUGACUCAACCUUAUACGAUAUUAGCGGUGUAUUCCAGUAUUACAAAGUUCGCUACCGUACAGUUACUGCCCCAUUUGUGGAGUUGAUAGUACCAAACAAUGAUACAAAACAGGACAAACAAGACGUGCAGUUAACAAAUCUCCUUGCGUACACUGAAUACACUAUCCAAGUUUUUAUGGUCACACUAUUUGCUCAUGGAUUACCCAGUGAUGUUGUUGUUGUCUCUACUCGAGCAGGUGGUGAGUGCCUUUUAACACGUGCAUGAAUAAUAUGUGACGAAAACCCUAACGAAAUCCCUGCUAUUUUAACAGUUUGGAUAUGUUUUCAUAAUCACUGCAAACUUCCUUUCCCUGUUGUUUCCCCAUAGCUAUUCUUCAAGAGUAUGAUUGUUUGAAAACAUUAAAAGUAGUUUUACUUUAACAUAUAACUUGUAAGUAGUAUAAUAGGGAUGAACACAGCUUCUUUUUGCAGGUAAAAAUUUACCUUAUCGAAGCUAAAUCAUUCCCCAGUAAAUUCAUGUGAUUCUAGAAAACGAUUGAAAUAUUCCAGCUAUUCUAUCUACAUGUAUCAAACAAAUUCUUGUGCAAAGUAUAAAUAUAAAUAGUGUAAAUAUAUAAAUAUAACUGGAAAUUUUUGGCAUCUCAUAUUUCCUCUUUCAUUCGUCUUCAUCUACAUGGCUUUCAGAGAAGGGUGUGGCAGGCUUAUCUGCUUCCUGAAAAAAAGUUCUAACUUAAUUUCAGUGCCAGGUGCCUCGCCUAUGAAUCUAGCGGCGGUAGACGCAAAUUCAAGCUGUAUCGAAAUCACGUGGAGUCCAAUUCCUGACAGUUUAAUUAACGCACCCUCACUUUUGGGUUACGAGAUAUCCUGGAAGAAAUACAACGAUUCGUCUUUCAAUUCAACAAUGACAAAUCAAACCAGAGCUUGGUUGACUGGAUUACAGCCAUUUACAGACUAUAACGUUUUGGUCAAAGCUGUAAAUAUCGUUGGUAGCGGUCCUGGUAGUACAGUUCUGACACGUAAGACCACUGAAGAAGGUAAGCUAUACUUUCACCGUAGGGAAAUGAUCUUAGGAGUUAUGUCCAGAAGUGCAGUCAUACUCCUUAUGAUAGCCAUCAUAAAGUGUUCCCGCGGCCCUAAUCUUUACCUAAACGUAAGCAAUGCUAUCAAACAUGGUCAAUAAUUGUCUAAUAUAAGUACCCAAGGUCUGCGUUGUAUGCAUGUCUGGGUAUAAGUGGAUGUUUCAUUGGGCAAAGCAGUAUAGCUUACGUGAAUAGCCUUUGCAGACAAACUACAGUCGCACCCUAUCAUGUAAGUGAAUGUCGGUCGUUUCGCCUACAAGUUGUUUUGCCCACACUGAGGUCGAUUCGCCUACAUAUUAAAUUAAUUGUUUCCUAGACGAUUUAUAUAUUUUUAUAUUCGUCGCUAAAACAAUUAUGAAAUGCGGCCGGAUUUGAGUUGGAUUUUGUGAUUUAUUUGCCAUUUCCUUAGCCGAUUAACUUGCGUGAACGAUCAAGUUAGGGUGCGCAAAUUUUUGCACGAACUGCUUUGAAUAUAAAUUAAACUUUGGGUUUUGAAUAAAUAGGUUGAGCGAUAUUAUUACUCGCAGAAAAAAUCCUCGCCUUUUAUUAACGUCAAUAUUAUUUUCAAAACCUAUGGAUAAUUCACAAAGGAAAGCCAAAUAGAUCACGUUUGAUCAGUGUCUUUAAAUCAGAUUAAACACUUGUAAAUCUUACCCCUACACAGUUUUCGUAUCAAAACUUCUCCAAAGUCCGGGGGUAGCGUGUGAAUAAGCAGCAGUACGUAAUGUUUCUUUCUCCACACCAUGUAAAUUGAGAUCAAUUCAGGUUUGAGGUAAACUGCCCACCUACCCCUCCCCUAAACCAACAUUAACGCUUACUUCUCACUUGGGGAAAAUGUUGGCUUAUGGGAGGAGUCUCACGGUGGGCAGUCUCCUAGAAAUCUAAAUUGAUCCGCAAAUUGUUCGUGAAAAGCGUCAAAAAAGUUAUUGUAUUUCAGCUUUGAAGGAUGCUCCGCAGAAUGUCUCGGGAUACAACAAAAGCUCUACAAGCAUUCAUGUGAUAUGGCUACCCAUUUCAAACCAACCAAACGUACUCUAUUACAAACUCGACGUUAUUCAUCUGGGUUCAAGUGCUGUUUCUUUCGUAUUCACGAUCAUUGGGCUUGAGCGUGAUAUCCAAGGAUUGCAAAAAUACACUGAUUAUCAGAUCAGCGUCUGUGGUGUAAAUACAGUCGGAGACGGACCCUAUAGCGUUCCAGUGAUAAUUUCAACUGAUAUGGAUGGUAUGUAUUGUGCCUGGAUAAAGUUUUUAAAUAUAGACAUUGAACCAUUUGUGUUUUGGUAUAAUUCCAAGAAAAAAUUUACUGGUUGGGAAAAAAUCAGGACAAAACGUGCAUUUUUCUGGUGCAAAUUGACUUGGCUUUUAGUAUGUGUACUGUACAAAAACGCUUUAUGAAAUCGUAGCAUUAAGCUCGCUGUCAAUGUGGUUCGUCAUUAAAACAGUUUUCACUAAAUAGUUGGUUUCAAACCAGUGCUGCUUUUGAAAUCAAUGUUCAGCUGAUUUCUGUUUCCGUUUUUUGUACAAUUCAGCGCCUUUAAUUACUAUUGCAUUGUCUAACCUGAUCCCGCAAAAGCUCGUUCCCAGGAUUCUCUCCUCUUUGUUCUCCGGAGUACGGACGAGUAGAAGAGAGUCCUGGGUAUGAGGUUGAAUCCUGUACAGCUCAACGAUUGUGUUUUUUGUUUCUCAAGUUCCCAGUGCAGCACCAACUGAACUCAUGGUGACUAGAAUCAACUCCUCGAGUAACAUUAGGCUAAACUGGACUUCGAUUCCUUCCGAGUAUAUAAACGCUCCGGCGUUGCUUGGUUACAUUGUUGAAUACCAAGAAGUAGGGCCUUUGGCUCUUCAAACGAACAAGACGAGUGACACGUGGCUUGAGCUGACAUUACCAAAAAAUGACACACAAUACUUGUUUACUGUCAGUGGCUAUAACGAGAGGGGAAAGGGUCCAAACAUUUCAUUGGCUUAUUGGCAGUUAUCAGUGGAUACCCCUACCAUUUGGAGUGACAGUGUGCUUCCUACCAGAGGCAUUGCAAGUUCUGUUAAUAUUUCACCUUCCCGUAGCAGCUCUGUCGCCUCUUCAGUCACAUCAUGUACGUUGAUAGCUUGUACAGUGUAAUGUUAAAAUUGUGUUUUUGUGAGGGCAAUUUUUCACCUCGCUCAAAAACGUUAAUUUGGUUGAUUUGGUGAUUGACUAAUUUGCUCAUUGAAUGAUUAUUUGCUUUAUUCAUUGAUCCUGUUUCUUUCGCGAAUUAAAAUAUUCAUUUCUUAUGCUUGUUUUUUCUCCUAUCGAUUAUGAUUGAUUAAUUCAUUUCACCUUUAAUCCAUUGACUGAUUUACUAAACGACUUACUGAGUUAUUGAUUGGUUUUCAGCUGUUAGGAACAACAAUGACACCACCACCACUAGCAACACUGCUGCCAACAACACCACCAGCAACACCGCUGCCACUAUCACCACCACCAUCAACACUACUACCUCCGUCACCGUCAACACCACUGCCACCACUGGCAACACCGUUGCCACCCCCACCAGCAACACUGCUGCCACCGUCACCAUUAACCCCACCAUCAGCAACACCAGUAACACCACCGCCAGUUACACUGUUGCCACUGCCAUCGGCAACACCGCUGCCACUAGCACGAACAGCAACAUCACCCCCUCCGUUACCAUCAACAACUCAAUAAGGUCAAACGAUGCAGAUGUAUCAGGAUUAAAUCAAAGCAUUAAAAGCAGUAAGUGUACCAGAUUCACGGUUUGUUUUAGCUACAAUCUUGGACAAAACUGUUGAGAAAAUUGCAUACUUGGGAGGCAUUUUUUCUAAACUUCGUAGCUGACCGAUUUUUCCCUCCCCCCCCCCCCCCCCCCUGGAAGCAGUGUUGUUGGGUCUUCAAAAGAAAGCCGGAUCCCUAAAACAUUUGUAGGAAGUAGCUUUGAACUGGAGGGAGGGAGUUUUCUUUAAGCAAAGCCGAUGAUUUGGAAAUAGUUUUGUUGCGUUAGGUAGUGCGCAUUAAUGAAAACAUUUUCUCAAGUAGUUUUGUCCAGGAUUGUAGAUAUAAUCUUACAAUCUUUUCUCGCUGUUAUGAUGAUACAGUAUAAAAAACUAUAAUGCCUUGCGCUUUUUUUGCAGCUUUUAACACAAGUGCAAAUAUUAUCACCAGUACGCCUACACUUCAGCCCACCACGACAUUGGUUUUAAAAAAGGGUAAGUUGCGCUCAACAGCUUUAAACAACUUACGAAAACAAGGAACAGGUGCAACACGAAGGAAAUUUGGAAGUUUGGAUAACCACUAAUAUUCCUAGGAGUUCUUGCGAUAAUCGAUUCGAUAGUGAAGCGAUGCCUCGUCAAUCCCCCUUUUCACUAUCCGUGGAAGAAUUGGUUAAUGGGGAUUAGAGAUGUGAGUGGCUGUACUUCAUUGACUCCUUCACCGUUCAUUCAUUUCUUUUACAGCACCUGCAGGGUCACCGAGGAAAGUUCAUGUAAGCAAUUACACAAGUCCGUAUUCCUUACUGGUCACGUGGCAGGAAAUUCAUCCCGCCGCUCAAAAUGGGGUUAUUCUGGGUUACAGAGUAUUGUACACUCUCGUGUUAGUGUCUCGUCAGACGGAAAUUACCACUGAUAUAGAAGAAAUAACAGUUCAAGCUCCGACUAAAAAUGUCUUACUGACUGGUUUAAGCAGCUUCUCCUUGUACAAGGUUGAAGUACUGGGUUUCAAUGACGUUGGAGAUGGACCACUCAGUAGUCCAGUUUUUGCAGGUGUGUUG